AGUCAUGGUGACAGAGUGAGGAGGAGCGGACGGUUCGGGAGGCGGGAGGAGAUUGUGAGCACAGGAUAUUAGAAGAUUUGUAGAUGGAGAAAUCUAAACAAGCAUCUUGGUUUGAGUCACUUGAUUAUUGUGGACGUGAAUAUCAUGAACCUUUGAAUGUGGAAGGAGAAAUGUUUGUUUCUUCUGUCUGUGGAAAAGAUUUCAAACAUCAGUGUGACUGGAAAAGUACCAAUACACACACACACACACCCUAGUCAGAGUGUUCCAGUGAACUGACUGUGGAAAGAGCUUUAACCAGUUACACAGCCUGAAAAAAUAUCACACCAUUCACAGUGGGGAGAAACCAUAUAUUUGUUCUGUGUGUGGAUGAGGCUUCAACUUAUUGUCCAACCUGGAGAGACACAAGGACACCCACACCAUGGAGAAACCGUGGAAAUGUGCGGAUUGUGGGAAAAGAUUCAAUUCAUCAUCCCAACUGGAAAUCCAUCGAUGCAUUCACACUGGGGAGAAACCAUUCAGCUGUUCCGUGUGUGGGAAGGGAUUUACUAAGACAACCUACCUGAUGUUACACCAGAGAAUUCACACUGAGGAGAGGCCCUUCAGCUGCUCCGUGCGUGGGGAGGGAUUCACUCGGUCGUCCGGCCUUUGGACACACCAGCGAGUUCACACUGAGGAGAAGCCACUCACUGCGGAAAGAGUUUCGGGCAGUCGUCCACCCUUCACUGUGCACCAGGGCACUCACACUGGGGAGAAACCAUUCACCUGCUCCGUGUGUGGGAUGAAGUUUUCUCAGUCAUUCGACCUGGUGAGAAACCAGCGACUUCACACUGGGAAGAGACCAUUCACCUGCUCCCUGUGUGGGAAGGGAUUCACUCGGUUAUUCACCCUCCAGUCACAUCACCGAAUUCACACCGAGGAGAAUCCAUUCAGCUGCAUUACAUAUGGAAAGAGUUUCAGGCAGUCAUCCAACCUUCUGACUCACCAACGCACUCACACUGGGGAGAAACCUUUCACCUGCUCCUCAUGUGAGAAAGCAUUCACAAGGUCCUCCAGCUUGCUGAGACACCGGCAAAUUCAUCAGUGACUGCAGGGGUUGGAUUCUGUUAUUAUUGCUGCUGUUAAUCACAUCCAGGAUUGAUAGUAUUGUGGAAUAUUGUGCACAGUUUUGGUCGCCUUACCUAAGAAAGGAUAUACUUGCCAUAGAGGGA